AUAAUUGCGGCACGAGCCGCACGUCGUGCGCAAAGCACGGUUGUGGUACGCAGUGAUCACUUAUCAAACGUCUGCUCACUGUCAGACACAGCCCGCAGCCGGCAUCGAUCACUGCUCGACCCGUAGACCAUGGCUGCCAAAGCACUGCUCCUCCUGGCAGCCGCAUCGCAUGCAUUCAUCACACCUGUCCGCCGCCUCAGGCCCAUGCAGCCCUUACGAGCCGUACCGCUGGACGCCAUCGAGUUGACGACCCACACCCUCGCCGCGAACAGCGCCCUCACGUCGACGGCCGACGAGCUCGCCGGCAGUUUGUUCGGCGCCUCUUUAUUGCCGUGGCUCGCGAUGCUCUACUGGCUGAAGCACCCGAAGACGCAAGCACCCAAAGGUGUGUGUUUCGGCUUGACUUAUCUCCUAGCGUUUGUGUUUGGGUCCAUCCCGGCGGCGAUCGGCGCCGGUGCGCUGUAUGGCGCGUCGCUGGCCGACGCCGAUUGGUUGCAUGGCGCGGCAGAAUCUCUACUCGCGGCCACGAAUUGUGUGGUUGUAUUAGGUUUUCGGGACGCUCUCGCGGGAAAGGAUGAUCCUGACAGAUUACGAACCGCGGCGACCUAUUGGGCAGGGUUCGCGAUCCUAUCUUGCUUCGUCGUCGUCGCCGGGAACCUGAUGACGAUGGACGCCGCGGCCCACGCGCCCUGGCUUAAUGGUGUAGGCAAUCUCGACAAUGUAAAUGAACCGAUAAACGCCCUGUCGAUCCCGACCUGGAUCAUCCACACCUCCUCAUUAGUGGAAUGGCUCGUGGCCAUGGGCCUCGCCUGGCGCUACGCCGACGUUAUUGGUAGAAAAGAGUGGAAGGGCGUGACCUGGGGCAUGCUGCCCUUGCAUACGUCCGGAAUUGUCGCGUGCUGCUACCAUCUUUUCUACAACGCGCCCGAGCUGUCGUGGUGCGUCGCGCUCCAGGCGGGCUGCACAUGUUUGGGAAAUACGACGAUGGCCUUCGCCAUGUAUCGGCUGGCCGUCGCGUCGGGCUGGACGUUGAGCGACGGCCGCAGCGACGCGGAGGCGUUGUACGCUCGAUUGACACAAGGCGUCGAGGCCGAGGCGGCGGAAACGGAAACACCUUCACUGGUAACGGCGGCGCCGUCCUCCACAACAGCGUCCUUGCUCGGUUGGGAAGAUUUAGGAGACGCCUGGGCCCUCGACUCGGACGCGUUUUUCCUGGGCAAGCUCCUCGCGCUCUCGGCGUUUUUGGCCUACUUGGUAAAGUAUACGCCGCCGCUCAUCCCCGGUUCCAUAGUGGACGGCUGGGCCGGCGCCGGCGACGGGGUCCACUCGGGCGCGGCGGCACUCGUCAUCGUCGUGCCAACACUCCUGAACUGCGCGAAGUGGUACCAGCGGUCCCAGGAGGGCGCGGAGUUCGUGGGGGACAUUUAGUAGUUCCUGUCU